ACACUAACCCAUUCACGAAUCUCCUUUAAAUGAGUCAACGUGUCCAAGAAUCAAACUUGACUUCAACCAAGCCUCUGUCCGGAAGCAGAAGGAGGAGGCGCCUGACGCCAGAAGCUUCGGGACUUUCCGACGGAAUUGCGAAGGGAUUCUACCAACUUCAAACCAAAGAGUCUCCGACCAUCUCUGAAAGGAUACACAUUUUUUUUAUUGGAUUUUUGCAGUUCAACUAUGGAGGCCUAAACACUCACAAAAGUGAUGUCCGACAUGGGGGGAGGGGUUUGAGAACACAUAUUCCUUGGUCUGUUUGUGUGCAUGCUUGAGGCAUUUGUUUAACAUAGAAUGUUUGUGCGCAUAAUCAUAUGCAGUAUGUUUAAGUUUAAAUGGUUAGAUAAUGUGUUAGGAAGUCUUGAUGUUAGCAUGUCUUUGCUAAAUGUUCAAGAUCAUGACGUGUAUACGGAUCCUGGGUGAUCCAACCAAAGGGUGAUGUCAGGAUUAUUAAGUUCAGGAUGUAUUUUAAGCAUAUUAAUUAAAAUAGCUCAUCCUUUUUUUUUUUUUACUGCACAGGAUGUGUUUGCCUGUCGCUAAAAAAACAACAACUAAUAUUCAAGUUUUUGUUCAGAGUUAGUUCGCUCUUUAAGGUACACGUGACAUGGGCACAAGGAGUAGGAUUUAUGGUCAGGUAAUGUGAUGCUUGUGGAAAGACAUGAUGACAGCUGUUUGACAAUAGUGGUUGCUGAGCUGUUACUUUUGUUUCUACUGCACAAGCACUUAUAAGUUUCACACUCAUCUAAGCCUCGCUUUCUUUUUCACUGUCUUGAUCUGACUCUAACCUCUCUCUUCUUCUGUCCCUUCAUUCAUUUAUCUUUUUUUCCAUUUGAGUGUGACUGUGUGUGUCUGUGUGAGAGAGUGAGACACCUUGGGUUUUCUCAAACCCCUCUCCCUUUAAAGGAUGUUGCUUUUACCUUAAACUGCUGUACUUAAAUCCAAAAAAUGGAAACGCUUGUUCAACUCAAAAACAACCAGUUUUUAAUGGGGCUCUGUCGCAAUGGGCCUCCACCUGACCUGCAAUAUGAUAACUCCUCAGAGCUCUUCCGCAUCUCCACCUUUGCUCGUUUCCCGGCUUCGGUUGUCACAGAGCGAAGUCUGGCGAGAGCGGGUUGGUUCUACACCGGCGUGGGCGACCGUGUGCAGUGUUUCAGGUGUAACGUGACGGCAGAGGGAUGGCAGGCUGGAGACUGUCCAACAGAGAAACACAGACAGCUCUCUCCUUCCUGCUCCUUCAUCCAAAGCCUCCCGUCUACAGCCAACCUGCUGUCCUCUUCUCACUCCGCCUUCUCCCCGCUCCGCAUUGCCCCAGCCAUACCACUUGCUGGUCCAGGCCCAGCUGCUCCUAACCCAUCAGUAAGCCAAGGUGAAGAACCAGCUGGCUACUUAAAUAUGGCCUUCUCUGCUCCGCCGCCCUCCAGCCCCCUGACUUCUCGUGGUGUAGAGGACAUGUCCCACCAGAGACCGACGUGCCACAACCCCAACAUGCGCAGAGAACAGGACCGCCUGGACUCCUUCCACUCCUGGACGCUCUCCAUCAUCACCCCUGCAGAACUCGCCAAGGCAGGCUUCUACUACCUGGGGCAGGGCGACCGAGUGGCCUGCUUUAGCUGUGGUGGACAGCUGAGUAACUGGGAGCCAGGCGACAGGGCCGUAUCCGAACACCAGAGGCAUUAUCCGAACUGCCGUUUUGUGCGAGGGGACAGAGCUGACAAUGUGUCGCUGGCUGGUGCUGCAGCAACUGCAUCUUUAGCGGUAACUUCCCAGCUGUCUUCAGGAGCCCCGGCCCUCAGUAACGUUUCCAACCCUGCCAUGCAGCAGAGCGAAGAACGCCUUCUCACCUUUGUCAACUGGCCGUCUCGUAUCCCCGUCCGGCCUGACCAGCUGGCUAAAGCCGGCUUCUACUACGUAGGUCGUAACGAUGAUGUCAAGUGUUUCUGCUGUGAUGGAGGCCUGCGAUGCUGGGAGUCCGGAGAUGACCCAUGGGUGGAACAUGCUAAAUGGUUUCCUCGGUGUGAAUAUUUGCUCCAGGAGAAGGGACAAGAAUUUGUUCACCAGAUCCAGGCUCGCUUUCCUCGGCUUUUUGAGCAGCUUUUAACAAAUGGAGACAGCAACUCCAGAGAGUUUGUGGAUCCACCUGUGGUUCAUCUCGGUCCGGGUGAGGAGCGGUCCGAGGAUGCCGUCAUGAUGAACACCCCUGUGAUAAAGUCAGCUUUAGAGAUGGGCUUUGAGCGCAGUCUAGUCAAGCAAACGGUCCAGAGCAAGAUCCUGACCAGUGGAGAGAACUACAGGACAGUCCAGGAGCUGGUCUCAGACCUGCUGAGUGCCGAAGACCAGAAAAGGGAGGAGGAGCGAGAGAUGCUGGCAGAGGCGAUGGCAUCAGAUGGUUUUACCUUCGUAAAGAGACACCAGGCAGCGUUGAUUCAGCGUCUGAAGAGUGUCGAGCCAGUGUUGGAGCAUUUAAGAGAGCAAAAUGUGUUAUCUGCAGAGGAGUACAGCGGACUUCAGGCUCAGACAUCAGCCCAGCAGCAAACCGCCCGGUUGAUAGAGCUCGUCCUGACCAAGGGAAACGCUGCAGCCGAGGUUUUCCGCAACUGGAUCCAGAAAAAUGACGUCCACCUGCUCAGAGAUCUCAUGGCUCAGUCAAAUGAAGCUGCAUCUCCAAGCCAAGAUCUUUCAGACCUCCCGAUGGAGGAGCAGCUGCGGCGACUACAGGAGGAACGUACCUGUAAGGUGUGUAUGGAUAAAGAGGUCAACAUCGUCUUCAUCCCAUGUGGACACCUGGUGGUGUGCAAAGAAUGCGCGCCGUCACUGCGAAAGUGUCCGAUCUGCAGAGGCCUGGUUAAAGGCACAGUUCGAACCUUCCUCUCCUAACCAGGAAGCUGUCCCACAGUUUUAUGCAUCACAGCGAUGUGAUGAGUGUAAGCAAUAUGAAAAUAACUUAUAUUUUUUGAUUAUCUUUAUACACUUUUAUUUCAUCUAUUACGUGACUUGUCUAUGUUAAGUUGAAGAGACGGUGAAGGUCAUUUAUCUAAAUAUCCAGAUGAAUGUUUUCUGAUUGGGAUGUGAAGUAAUUUUCAUUUUUGGUACAAUGCUUCAGACUUCAUCUCAGUUAACAGGUGUGUUUUCAUGUUCUCUUAUAUCACACAAAUUAGAAAAUGAAUGAAAAAUAAUCUAAUUACUGUGCAAUAAUUUGUCCACAGUUGGAUAAAACGUGGAAAAAAAGCAUACUUGUAUUGUAAUAAUUACUUUCAAAGUCUAUAACAUGGCAUUAUUGCAAAGCCCUAAUGGUGAGCUGUUGCUUUUGUAAUACAUGUAGGGAAAAUAACAAUGUAUAAGUCUAAUAAAACGCUGUCAUUAUUAUUAUUAUUGAAGGUUUUAAACUUUAUUUAAAUGUUUAACAUUGGAGUUUCAUUUUCAACAACUGUGAAUUAUUAAGACCUAUAGACGUCCAGAACAAUGAUUAACUUUGACCCAAAGCAUUUAAAGCAAAAACAUAGUUCAGUGAUCCAGUACCCACUGAAUCCAAAAAAUACAUUCAUUACAUCGACACCGCUGUGUCAAUAAAAUGGAUGAAGGUAAUGAGGGUCAAUUAAGUUGGUGUAUGUUGUCAACUUUUAUUUACUACUGCACUUCUGUUUUUCUGACACCUGUUUUUUAUAAAUCUUGUUUCAUUGUGAUUUUAAAAUACAAGUCACUUUGAAAGUAAAUCAUUUCAGUUUUUCUGUAUGAAAAUCUUCAUCUGUCUUCUGCAAUGCAACUACAGCCAAACUGUUUGUUUACAUCAUAAAUAUAUUCUGUUGAGCAAAAAUUAAAGCCUUCAAAGUUAACAGGU